AGUCUGCCCUGGACUCGGCACACAUCAAAAUGCCUGUCUGCUCUCUAAACCUCCUCCCAGUGCUGUAGUGGCAACUUCCAAACAUGCUCGGCAGAAAACACGGCAAAAGAGGCGAAAUAUGGAGUUUUUUCCUCCUCCUGCUGUGCGCCGGCCCUCAUCCCUGCUUCAGCCAAGCAAGAGAAGUGAUCUACAGGAUAAAAGAGGGAUUACCCAAAGGGACCUUCAUAGGAUCCAUUGGAGUGGACUUAAAAUUGGAUUUUACAGUUGACCCCCCCUAUUUAUUCAGUCUGGCUCAAAAGAGGGUCAGUGAGCAGUAUGUGACGCUCAACAAUAGCACCGGGGACUUUUUCACAUCGGCGGCGGAGAUCGACCGGGAGACCCUUUGUCCCGACAACCCCGACGGACGAGGGUGUUUCCUCUCCCUGGACGUCUUUGUGCUCCCCCAGCAGUAUUUUCAGCUGGUCAAAGUCAAAGUCUUCAUCGAGGAUGUGAACGACAACAGACCAAAGUUCCCCGUGGAUGAGGUCUCUAUAUCCAUCCCGGAAAACGCAGCCGUCAAUUCCCGCUACGCGGUGGAACACUCGGCGGUCGACCCCGACCUGGGUCUCCAUGGGGUGCAGACCUACUGGCUGGUGAACGACUUUGGCGUGUUCGCGCUGGACGUCGAGGAGAACGACGGCGGGGAGAGGACGCCCUUCCUCAUUGUGACGGAGUACUUAGACCGGGAGACGCAAGCGGAAUACGUCACGGACAUCAUCGCAGAGGACGGAGGUACCCCUCCUCUUCUCGGUGCGGCCACUUUAAGGAUCCUCAUCCUGGAUGUCAACGAUAACUGUCCUCAAUUCAGAGAAUCUCACCUCAACGUAACUCUGCAUGGGAACACCACCAAAGGCGCAUAUUUGGCACGUCUGCAUGCUUUUGACCCUGACCUCGGCGCUAAUGCUCAGAUCAGCUAUGCUUAUAGUGAACGUGUGCCAAGAGAGACCAGGAGCUUGUUCCAUUUGAACAGAACUACGGGAGUCAUCAGACUCACGGGGAAACUAGACCCGGGAGCAGCCAUGUUUUAUAAACUCACUGUUCUGGCCAACGGAGUCGCUUGUAUUCCUGCCGUGGCCACAGUCACCGUUCGCGUCAUCAAGGUUCUCCUGGGGCCCCCUGCUGUCAUUCCUCGAUACAUCGCCCCGGAAAAGGACGGGGUGGUGAGCAUAAAGGAAUCUGAGCCGGCGUUUUCUCCAAUUGCUUUCUUCACGGUCAAAAACAUCGACGUCAGCCAAAGGGUGGAGUGUCACUUGGAGGGCGCGGGUCCUUUUCAGAUUGGCCCCUACCAGCUCCUCAGGAACGAAUACCUCCUUGAAACCACAAAGCCACUGGAUUACGAGGUCACGCAGGAGUAUAAACUCAUUGUCGUGGCUGAAAACGGCCAAGGACUCGUCAUUAAGACUUUCCUGGAGGUGCAAAUCCUGGAUGAGAAUGACAACGCCCCGGUCUUUGAGCAGUCUUUGGUGGAAUUGUUUCUGGACGAGAACAAUCCCCCCAACACGUAUCUCACCCAGCUCCACGCCACGGACCGGGACAGUGGGAGCCAAGGUGAAGUCGUCUAUCUCCUCGGGGGCGACGCCCCCGGGGUGUUUGUUCUAGACUCGGUGACAGGCAUCCUGACGGUGACCACGUCGCUGGACAGGGAGGAGAAGGAAACAUACCGCUUCGUGGUGAGGGCGGUGGACCAGGGGACCCCGAGGAUGGAGUCCAUCGCUACCGUUGCGGUGUCCGUGCAAGAUCGCAAUGACAACAGCCCGCGUUUCAUCAACAAGGAUUUCACCUUCUUUGUGCCGGAGAACUUUCCGGGUUACGGCGAGAUCGGGGUGCUGUCGGUGAUGGAUGCCGACGCGGGGAAAAAUGCCUGGGUGGCUCUUUCUAUCCUCAACGGCAGCGACAUCUUCAUGAUAGACACCGGCCGAGGAACGCUGAGGGCUAAGACCUCGCUGGACCGAGAGCAACAGGGGACGUACCAGCUCUGGAUCGAGGCGGUCGACGGCGGGGAACCGGCGCUCUCCUCCGUCACCAUGGUGACCGUCCUACUCUUGGACGUCAACGACAACCCGCCAAUCGUCCUCUUCCCGCAGUCCAAUCAGUCCUACAUGCUGGUGCUACCCAGCACCCUGCCGGGGACGUCCAUCACGGAGGUGUACGCCGUGGAUAACGACACGGGCAUGAACGCCGUGAUUGCGUACAGUAUCAUUAAAAGAAAGGGAGGGCAGCCGGGAUCUUUCGCCAUCAACCCAGAGACGGGGAAUAUCACUCUAGAGCGGGAACUCAGCAACCGCGGUCUCUACAGCCUUCUGGUCAAGGUCAGUGAUCACGGUCAGCCGGAACCGCUUUACUCCACAGUCAUGGUCAACUUCUUUGUCAACGAAACGGUGAGCAAUGAGAGCUACAUCAGGACUCUGCUGCCCACCGAGGCGGACGUAGAAACAGAGGAGAGACCCUGGCCCGUGGGUCAGUUGAAGGAAGGACCGGAGCGGUAUGACAUGUUCCCGUGUAAACCUGCCCUCAUUGCGCUCUCCGUGACGUGUCUGGGCCUGCUCUUCUCCCUCGUCACACUGACAGCUUGCGUCUGCUUCAAGAGAGUUCGGAGGCAAAAGACAAACUCGGAAGUGGAGGUACCUUUGAGAAGGAAGAAAGACUCCACGCUGGUCAAGAGUAAGAAGCUCAGACAAGUUUCGAACAUUUGAAGUCUGGUCAAUUGUUUACAAAGAUGUUUACAGCACACACUGUGAGAAGUCAAUUUGGUUCAUUGGUAUUUCUUGGGACACGUUCCUUACUCCGUACAAUCACGGGCCACUUCGUUAAUCCCGUGAGGCCAGGGACGUAAUUUGCGAGGGCAUGUACCUUGCACUUUCUCAAAGGGUACUUUUUACCGCCCAAAAUGUCCAAUUCGUCCAAAAUAACCCAAGCUGUCCAACCUACUCAGUGGCUUAGUGGUUAGAGUGCCCGCCCUGAGAUCGGUAGGUUGUGAGUUCAAACCCCGGCCGAGUCAUACCAAAGACUAUAAAAAUGGGACCUACUGAUUCCAACCCUCAGCAUCAAGGGUUGGAAUUGGGGGUUAAAUCACCAAAAAUGAUUCCCGGGCGCGGCCACCGCUGCUGCCCACUG